GCGUCCUUUUGGUCCGUCUCGAAGGGCUUCACGCAUUACGACGUCCAGAGUUUGACCUUUGACCUUCGUGAGGUCAUCACCAGUCGCCAGUCGGCCGCUGAGAGGCUCCAGAACAUCACGACUGGGGCGUCCGCCGCAUCAGCCGGUCAAUCAGGUUCCGCCUCUUCUACGCUAAGCUCCGCCCACAGCCUGCCCCACAGCUCCCCCAGUGGCAGCCAGGAGGAACUGCACCUGCAGGAGGGCGACGCCCCCGACGACCAGGACCCCUCCCAUGGCAACCAGCUGGUGACCAGCUGUCCCUUCUUCACCACGGAGACCGGCGGCGGGGGACCAGAUUCAGACGGCGACCCUCCGGAGGGGGGCUGGGGCACCUACGAGUCCCCCGUGACGCCGUACUGUCUGACUGCAGGCGUGGCGGUUCUGGAGGGCCAAGGCGACGGGCCUAACGUCCAGAGGGAGGGGCCUAAUGCGCUCAGCAACCGCAACAAGAAUUACAUCAUAGAACACACAGACCUGGGAGCCUAUUACUACAGAAAAUACUUUUACCUCCGAGACCACUUGAACUACUUCGGGCUCGAUGAGUCGCUAGGUCCCGUAGCCGUUAGCAUCCGACGAGAGAAGCUCGACGACCACAAAGACCACGGACCUCAAUACAACUACAGACUCAUCUUCCGAACCAGCGAGUUGACUGCUCUGCGUGGUUCUAUCCUGGAGGAUGCUGUUCCCUCCUCAGCUAAACACGGCACCGCUCGAGGGCUCCCCCUGAAG